GUGUGCUCUUUGCAACUGCUGACUGUGACGUCUUCCCAAUAUUUCUACUCUAAAAAUAUUCCAAAUCUUUAAAAAAUCCAAGUAUCCAAGUUACCGUCAUCAAAAAGUGUAUUGGAAAUAGGAAGCCAAAACUGGUCGCCUCACCAUGAAGCCUCCACCCCUCCCCCUUCUCCCCUUGAUCCUGACCUUGAUCUUCCUCCUCAUCCUCGCCUUCACGCCUGCCGAAUGCAAAAAAGAGAAAAAGCAACACAUGUCCGAACACGCGAAAAUGGAACCCGACUGGUACGAUGAUGAGCAUGAAGAGGAGGACUUUUUAGAAGACGGGGGGAAUGAGACGGACUGGACACAGCAAGGGAUAAGAAUGUCAGAAAGUCAAUUUUCAGCUUAUUGGCCCCCACGGACAGGCGAGGGAGUCAGGUUUGAAGAAACCGAAGACGGUAUGAAGGAGUGGCUAAAGUAUCGGGAUAAACAAAUGGGAAAGUAUAAAGAGUACUUGGAGACCUUGAACAAGACUUUGAAGAACCUGACCGAAAAGCAUAACCUGAAAGACUUUAAUCUCGAUCUUGAUAACAUGGCUCGUCGAUACCCCUUCUGUGUGACUGGUGAUCUGCCAAUCAUGGACUUGAUGCAGUUUGAGCCAUCAGGUCCACUAGACCUCAAUACUCUCACUACGAUUGAUUUAACCUUGAAAGAGAAAGACGGUUUAACUGACAAGGAUAAAGUUGAUCCAGACCUUCAAGAAUUCAAAACCUUGUUCCUCGAAAGUCAAGCUCGUAAAGUCGUAGUGGCUACACCACCUGGAAUUUCCACUAUAGAACAUGUAAGACAAUUGUUAAACUUCAAAAGUACAUCUUUUACUCAGAGAGUAUUUGUGCAAAUUGUUUAUAGCGAUUUCAAAUAUUUAGAUUGAAAACGGAAAAGACGAAGGGCCGUAUAUUAGAUCGGUACGGAAAUAGUUUUUUUAGCAUAUUAGCAUGUCUUUUUAUUGGAAUUUGUGAUGACUCUGUUUUCUCUUUCAUUGGAGUAGAUUAAAUUCACCAAACUAAUAAGUCCACCACCGCCACUAGGGAUUCAAUUCAGUGGAGCGGAUGGAUCAGUAGAGCUGCCGUUUUGGAUGCAUUUAAUAUUCAAGUCAAGAGUACCCUUGCAAGGCUUGUUUGUCCAAGCAAUUGGAUUUCCGAUGGGCCUUCCUUUCGGCCAAUUCCGAGACGACUUUGACUGCGACGCUGGUUCAUUUUCUGAUUUAAAAUGGCCAGUCAAUGAGUACAACCCCGACAGGAACAUCACUCUGAGUCAAAACGCAGCACGAAGGAACAUUAUCGUUCCUUGCAAAUAUUCUCACGGAAACAACAAUGGUGACAUGGUUAGAUAGAACGAACAUUGUGACUACUUUUAGUGUUUUUCAAUUAACAAUUUCUGA